UUUUUUUUCCUUUUUGAUGAAGUCUUCUCCUUCGAAUUGAAGUCUUCUCCUCUGAAUUGAAUGCCGCCUUCCCAAUUUAUUGCCUAACCAUCCCUUCCCAAACCCAAAACCAAAUCCAGCUCUCUUUCCCUUCCUCCACAUCGACCGCCAAAACCACCUCUGUAAAUUCGCCGCCUCAUUCUCCGACCACCACGUCCACCUCCGUCUCUCCGACACCAAUUCCUUCUCUCUCCGUCGCCGUCCAAUCGAUCGCCACUCCUCUUCAGGUCGUCUCCUGCCGGCGGCCCGACACCAAUGCCAUCGUCUCUCCUCUUCAGGUCUGUAAUGGAUUAGCUGGAAAGAGGGCCACUACAAACCACAAUUGCAUAAACAGCGCGUGCCAAGCACUCCCGUUAAAUUUUCGGGGUGCGCUGAAUAGGCUCUCCCAAAUCUGAACCACUGCAUUCCAAAGUCCUUGACUACAAUAUGAAGCCGUCGUCGUCCUCGUCGCCGCCCCCAUCAAUUUCCCCUUCCUGGAGACACUGGAAGUACGAUGUGUUCUUGAGCUUCAGAGGUGAAGACACACGCAGGACCUUCACGGACCACCUCUACGCGGCACUAGAACGUGCGGGAGUCUGGACGUUUAGGGAUGCGGAGGGACUAAGGAGAGGUGAAUACAUAGCUGAAACAUUAAUGUGUGUAAUCCUAGAGUGUAGGAUCUCUCUCAUUGUCUUCUCAGAGAAUUACGCGGAUUCACAUUGGUGUCUCGAGGAGCUGGUGCAGAUCAUGGACUGUAGAAGAACACAAAAGCAACUGGUUUUCCCCAUAUUCUAUCACGUUGUUCCUUCACAUGUCAGGAAGCAGGUAGGUAGUUUUGGCAAGGCAUUUGAGAAACAUGAAGCUAAACUAUUAACUGAAGGUAGAGAUAAGAUACCCAGGUGGAGAGCUGUUCUCAGAGAAGCUGCAAGUUUGGCUGGCUUCGAUAUUGCUGAUAGGCAUGAAGCAGAGUUUAUUAACAGCAUUGUUGACGAGAUAUGCAGACGGCUAACCAACACAUACUUGAACUUAGCUGUCUACCCAGUUGGAAUAGAUUCUCGUGUUGAAGAUAUCAGUAAUUCUUUGUGUGUUGGAGUAGGUGAUGAUGUUCGCAUGGUUGGAAUUUGGGGUAUGGGUGGAUCCGGCAAAACAACACUUGCCAAAGCCAUCUAUAACAAAUUUUAUCAUCACUUUGACAGUAAAAGUUUCCUAGCGGAUGUUAGGGAGACUGCAAAGGAUUCACGUGGUAAGAUUUAUCUGCAAGAAAGACUGCUUUCUGAUGUCCUAACACCAACCAAGAUAGAGCCGUGA